AUGGCUACAGGAUUUGUGGAUGUUCAAGAGUCUCAUCCGACAAUUCUUCCCGAAGAGUAUCAACAUUAUGCUAUUCAUCCUCGUUUCCGUCGUCAAUUCUUCAACUCUCUCAAUGACAUGAAUGAUAUUGGAAUGAGUUCAUUCAGUGGAAUGAGCAAUUCAAUGAUUGGAUCGAAUAUUGGUGGAAAUAUGGGAUCCGGCUUCUUCCCCAGCUCAUUCGAGUCGAAUUCCAAUAAAAAUAGUUGGGGAGCUUUUUCGAGCAAUCAAAAUGGAGGCUUUAACACCAAAUCGCAGACAAGAUUGAGUCUU